UUACGCGUCACGGGCGGGGCGCUGCUGCUGGGCCCUGGCGUUUGAACAUGUCGCGCUUGAAGGGAGUGGCGGACCGGGAUUCCCGAACGGGUUUCAGAGCUGAGAGGAGAGACUGCGGUGCCUCGGUUCCCCAGGGGCUGUUAAAGGCGGCGAGGAAGAGUGGCCAGUUAAACUUGUCCGGGCGGAACCUCAGCGAAGUGCCUCAGUGUGUCUGGAGAAUAAAUGUGGAUAUCCCUGAGGAAGCUAAUCAGAAUCUGUCAUUCAGUGCUGCUGAACGAUGGUGGGAGCAGACAGAUUUGACCAAACUAAUCAUAUCCAACAAUAAACUUCAGUCACUUACAGAUGACCUCCGACUCCUGCCUGCGCUCACUGUUCUUGAUAUACAUGAUAAUCAGCUGACAUCCCUUCCUUCUGCAAUAAGAGAGUUAGAAAAUCUUCAGAAACUUAAUGUCAGCCAUAACAAACUGAAAAUACUCCCUGAAGAAAUUACAAAUCUAAGAAAUCUGAAGGGCUUGUAUCUUCAGCAUAAUGAACUAACUUGCCUACCAGAGGGAUUUGAACAACUUUUCAGUUUAGAAGAUUUGGAUCUUUCGAACAAUCGUCUUACAAUUGUUCCUGCUAGUUUUUCUUCUCUAUCCAGUCUGGUGCGACUCAAUCUUUCCAGUAAUCAGCUGAAGAGUUUACCAGCAGAAAUAAGUGGAAUGAAAAGAUUAAAGCAUUUGGAUUGUAAUUCAAACCUCUUGGAAACUAUACCUCCUGAAUUGGCUAGCAUGGAAUCACUAGAAUUACUUUAUUUGCGGAGGAAUAAAUUACGUUUUCUACCAGAAUUUCCUUCUUGUAAAUUAUUAAAGGAAUUACAUGUAGGUGAAAACCAGAUUGAAAUGUUAGGGGCAGAACAUCUUAAGCAUCUGAAUUCUAUCCUUGUGCUAGACCUGCGGGAUAACAAGUUAAAAUCUGUUCCAGAUGAAAUUACACUACUACAGUCUUUGGAAAGGCUUGAUCUAAGCAACAAUGAUAUUAGUAGUCUGCCCUAUUCAUUGGGAAAACUUCAUUUGAAAUUCCUGGCACUAGAAGGAAAUCCUUUGAGAACCAUUCGAAGAGAAAUUAUAAAUAAAGGAACCCAAGAAGUCUUAAAAUAUCUACAAAGCAAGAUUAAAGAUGAUGAACCUAGCCAAAAUAACUCUGUUACUGAGACUGCCAUGACACUACCAAGUGAAUCCAGAGUCAAUGUACACAGCAUCGUCACGUUGAAAAUAUUGGACUAUAGUGAUAAACAAGCAGUUUUGAUUCCUGAUGAAGUGUUUGAUGCAGUAAAAAGCAACAUUGUCACUUCUGUUAACUUCAGUAAGAAUCAGCUAUGUGAAAUUCCAAAAAGGAUUAUAGAACUGAAGGAAAUGGUUUCUGAUGUCAAUCUCAGUUUUAAUAAACUUUCCUUUGUAUCCUUGGAAUUAUGUACACUUCAGAAAUUGACUUUUUUAGAUCUCAGGAACAAUUUUUUAAAUUCUUUGCCUGAAGAAAUGGAAUCGUUGAUAAGACUACAAACAAUCAAUCUUUCCUUUAAUAGGUUCAAAAUACUACCUGAAGUUCUGUAUCGCAUCCCCACACUUGAAACAAUUUUGAUUAGUAACAAUCAGGUAGGAUCUGUGGACCCUCAGAAAAUGAAGACAAUGGAAAAUCUGAUCACGCUGGACCUUCAAAACAAUGACCUCCUACAAAUUCCACCAGAGCUUGGUAAUUGUGUGAACUUAAGGACAUUAUUACUAGAUGGAAAUCCAUUCCGCGUUCCUCGAGCAGCCAUAUUAAUGAAAGGAACAGCUGCUAUUCUGGAAUAUUUGAGAGACCGAAUUCCUACUUAAAUUGGAGUUGUCUUAUAAUCUUUGUCAUGUUAAUUCUUAGAAUUCUUACAUUGACAGCUGACAUUUUUCUAAGGUAUUGUGUACGUUUAUAAAGGCGAUAACUACGUAUAGUGCUCAUACAUUUGUUCUGAAUGUUUUGCAGAUUUAUCCUACUCACUUUAAUUCCUUAAUAACAUAGUUUCUUCAAAGGUGAAUUUUUAUUUAAUAUAGUUUAGUGUUUUUAUAAUGACAAAGCGUUUUUGUAGAAGUGAGUUUUUCCCGUUUCUGUUUGUGUUACAUAUAAUAUGACCAGUUGACUUGAAUAUGACCAUCCAAUUUCUACCUUUUUAUUAAGUAUGACAUUGAAUUGAAUUUUAUUCAGUACUGUUCUUUGGCAUUUAACAAAAUACGACUUUUCAUUACUCAUGGUUAGGCCUUUUGUGAUGUGGUUGGUCUCAGUGUAAGUUUUAAAUAUUAACGUUGACCGUCUUGUUUUUGUUUUAAUGUAGUUGAAAUGUUUCUUUUCUAGCCUUUCCCCCAUGUUUUAUAAACUAAUUUUUUCAGAGUUUCUCCUGUCACAGAAAUGCUACCCAAGAUAUAGUUAUUGGUGGAAAGAAUAGUAAAAGUGUUAUUAUAAUUGCUCUCACAACUUUUAAUUUAAAACUUGUCAAGUUUUUUUUUAUGAUGUCUUAAUGUUAAGUUUCCAUACAAUGAUCUAGUACUUCUAGAUUCAGGGAAUUUAAAGAGAUUGGCUCUGCAUAUUUUUCCCUCAGUUAGACUCUGAGCAUUUUAAAAAUAUCUUUGUUCUUUAAAAAAAAAGUACUGAAAUUUUAUUAAUUUUAUAGAUAUCAGCAACCAAAAAAAUAACAUAUACUGCAUAGAAAUCUUGAAAUGUACUUUGUUUAAAUACUUACGGAGCGAGUAUUUGUAUACUUAAUCUACUCUCUUGGUGUGCUCUAAUCCAACCUUGUGCAUUUUUUAAUUUCCAAGGCCUUAAUUUUAAAACUUGCUUGCAAUCUUGAUAAGACUAAACUUGUAGUCAUGUGGUAAUUUUUUAAAAAGGAAUUUGUUAUAGAUGAACCUGAUUUAACAAAAAUCAAAUAUAAACAUUAUUAUUUACACCAAAAAUAUCAAAAGUAGGAUGGUCAGUCAUUAUAAAACUUAUCAUGUGAUUCUAUUAAGUAGCCAAUCAGUAGGAUGUAUAUUAAUUUAUAUAGAUAGAUAAGUAGAUAGGUAGACAGGUAGAUAGAUAGAUAACUUUUAGAUGAUUGAGACGUGCUCAUCUUGUGGAAAAAAAUCAUUGUUAAUAAAGAUAAAUACUACAUGUUCAUAAUAAAAAUUACAUUUUUCAAGUA